CUGACGUCACGUCCCUGGAGUCCACACAAAUCUAAAAAAGUACCUCAGUCUAACAGCGACUGUCAUUUAAUCAGCAUUAAAUAAUUAUUUGAACCGCAUUAGUUUCACAGAUCAUAUCUUCCACGUCACAGAGUAUUUUUCUUUAGUAAGAGGAGAUGGCCAAAGGGAAAGGGAAGAUCAAGGGCGGUGACAGCUCAGCUCCACCAAGGCCUCGGUCGUUCAGGUCAAGGAAGAGGGACUGCCCAAGUGCUGCGAUGCACCAGACUGACGACGUUCAGGCUACUCUGCAUCAACAGGACACAAAAGAAAAUAAUACCUCUGUGGAUGCCACACCACUACAGCAUCCCCAGUCCCCUCUGCAGGAUUGUGCUAUGGAAACAAAUCAACAGGAUGAGGCAGCCGGACAGUCCUGUCUCACCAAACAAGAUGACUCCAGAGAAGAGAAACAUGCAGAAGAAACAAAUAUGUGCUUAAAAAAUGGGACGGUCAAAGCUUUUGAAGGUCAAGAAGAGACUGAUGGCAUCAAAUCCAGUAAUGCCCCUCAGCUGGAGGACUGUAAAGUACACACAGAUAGUCAUACCAACAAGAGUGGAAUGAAGGAAAUAACUCCACAGGAAGGUUUCAGUUCACCACCUCAAACAUGCACUGAUCAACCCCAGCUCUCCUUGCCAACCUCUGAAGAGAGUGAUGGAUCCUAUGCAACUGCUUCGGAGAGGCAUCUGGAUGCACAGGAAAAGUGUCAUUCAGAGAGAAACCGUGAAACCAGCCAAGAAGAACCAGGCAACACCUGCAUGACCGAUGUCAAAGAAAUCACAAAGGAGGCAGCACCAGGGUUACCAGCCAAAAAAAAGCGAAGGAUGGGCAUGUGUGGCCUGACAGAGAAGGAACGUAGUCAUUUUUUACAAACACAGAAGACGCGUGAAAAUGGGCAGAGCGGUGCGGGGAGAGCUGAAAAGCAGAUUUGUAAUAACAACACAGCUGAUCUUGUGGCGCAGGAAGAGAGUACACCUUCACUCUCUGCUGCAUCCUCACCUCUGUCCAUCCCAGUCGAUCCUAUCACUGAGCAGAGCAAGGCAGAGAUCAAAAUUGAGUCCAGUCCCUGUGGAGAGAAUGACAGGUCAGAGACUGAAGUCCACAUCACGGUCCCAAACUCAGAUGGGACCAGUACUGUGUGUGAUCCAGGCUGCUCAGAGGGGACGAGCUGUGAGGUUCAAGGCGGCACAGAGCCUGGUCCAGAACAAACUGGUGAGCCAAAGUCAGAUCCACCCACACAGGACGAAGCGGAGGAGCAUUUGGUGACUGGGGAGCAGCGGGAGCUCGGGGGAAGUUCAGCUGAGAUUGCGACCCAACCAACCGAGAAAGAAAGGGAAGACGGAGAAGAUGGGUCCACAAAAGCAGACUUAAGUGCUGGCAUCGGUUCUCACAGUAAUCCAACUCAAAUUGAGGAGACAGAGAAGAAGAAGGAUGACGGUGAGACUCUGCAGGUGAAUAGGGAGAUGGGAGGGAAUGAUGAAGAGAUGGUGGUUGAUGCCAGUGCCGGAGCUGAAUCAGAGCGAACUUCAUCCCUAGUCCCCCGGCCAGGAGGGUUUAACUGUGGCUCUGUGGAGUUCAGUGAAGCUGCAGCGACACCGACUGGUUCCGAGAAGAAAGACAGUAAAAGUUUUUGCUGUUGUUGUUCACCACAGUGUGAUCCUGAAGAAGAACCCGGUCCUCCUCCUGUAAACAGCAAGCACACUGGGACCAGGGACACCACUGACCCGUUUGGAUCUGGGCGCUCAGAUUAUGUGUCGGACUCGCAGCUCAACACUAUUGUUCUGAUUGAGGAGGAGGUGAUGGAGAGGGAGAAGUAUCCUGCUUCUGCAGACUGUCGUGAAGACGCCACUGUCCUGAUCUGUGGGCUCAUCAGAGAACUCUCUUCUCUAAAUCAAAGGGUUAUGGCCACACACAGGGAGCUGGAGAACCUGCGACGUGGCAGUAAAACCUCCAGAAGCUCCCUACGUUGAGAUUUCAUAGAGGUACCUGAGCUUACCGUUUUCCCAAUGGUUCAUGGGUAAUGAAGGAACUUGUGCCCGGUACAAACCUUUAAUAUUUAAUCUAUUCUCACUUUUCAUUGGUUUCAGGCAUGUUCAGUUUAAUGGCUUCAAUGUUGCGUUUUUUCCCAAAUAAAGCUGGCUGUUGUUUAAUUAA